UUAUAAUUUAUAAAACAAUUACCUCCAAAUAAAAAAAACAUGAAAAAAAAAAUAUUAUUUUUUUUAUUUUUUUUAAAAAUUGUAUUUUUUAUAAAUUAUUUCACAUACAAUAAUAAUAAUAAUAAUAAUAAUGCACCCGAUAUUGAUACAGAUAAUAGUGCCCAGUUUUUAAAUAAUAUUAAUCUUAAAACAAAUAAAAAACUAUUAUCUUAUAAUAAUGAGCCACUAGAGGUGCAUCUGAUACCCCACUCUCAUUGCGAUGCAUCGUGGUUAAAAACAUUUGAUGAAUAUAUGGAGUUCAAGGUAAAUAACAUACUAACAGGAGUUGUCAAUGAAUUAAAUAAUGAUAUUGAAAAGAAGUUCAAUUGGGCUGAAAUUGGGUUUUUUAGCAAUUGGUAUAACAAACAAGAUAAAUAUACAAAAGAGAUUGUAAAGAAAUUAAUAGCUAGUAAACAAUUGGAAUUUAUUUCGGGUGGUUGGGUUCAAAAUGACGAAGCAACGGCAAAUUUAGAUGAUGUAAUCGAACAAAUGACUCAAGGACACAUGUGGUUAAAAGAUAAUUUCAAUGUAACUGUGCACUAUGGCUGGCAAAUUGACCCAUUUGGUUAUUCAUCAUUAACUCCAACAUUGUUUUCUAAAAUGGGUUUCAAAGGUUUAAUUAUUAAUAGAGUUUCAGAUUCAGUUAGACAGUACAUGAAAAAUACUCAACAAAUGGACUUUUUAUGGAAAGGUUCAGAGACAUUAGAUAAAGAUUCAGAAUUAAUAGUAUCAACACUAGACAGCCACUACAGUUACCCUGAUGCUAUAAAGCCAUCCAAUAUGUAUUUCUAUAAAGAUAGAGCCAGAAUGUUUGCGAACCAAUUAAAAAAUAUAGCAAGAACACGUAAUACAAAUAUAAUUCCAAUUACAUUAGGUGAUGAUUUUAACUAUGUAUCAGCAUCAUUUGAAUUUUCAAGUAAUGAUGAAUGGAUAAAUUAUAUGCAAGAGAAUUUGGAAGAGUUUGGGUUAAAAAAAAUUGGGUAUUCAACAUUAUCAGAGUACUUUGAAGCAUUACAAAAUAAAUUAAUUAGCACAAAUACAGCAUUACAUUUAUAUAAUAAAGACUUUUUCCCAUAUUCAACUGGCUUUUAUCAAUAUUGGACUGGAUAUUAUUCAACUAGACCUGUACUAAAAAGACAAAUUAGAGAGACCAGUGAUCUUUUAAGAAACUCUGAAUCAUUAUAUACAUUUGCAAAGGCACAGUAUUCAUCCAAUUCAAUGGCUCAAAAAAGAUUUAAUUCAUUACAAGACUAUUUAGAGUUUACUAGAAACGAAGUAUCAUUGGCACAACACCACGAUACCGUUACUGGUACUUCAAGAAAUUACGUUUUAAAAGAUAUUUAUGAAAGAUUAAAAAAUUCAAGAGUAAAGACAUAUAAUGUUAUAUCAAAUUCAAUUGAAUAUCUCUUAAAUAAAAAUCAAAUUCCAGUAAAUGAAACAUUUGAAUACCAAAAUGUAGUAGAUCUCACUCUUUUAAACAGUCAAGAGGCAUACUCUAUUGUUUUCCAUAACUCUUUAGGAUGGUCCACUAAAAAGCAUGCUUCCAUUAGAAUCAAAGCAAACAAAGAUCAAGUCAACUCUCUUAAAAUGUAUGAUUUAGCCUCAAACAAAUCAAUUCCAAUUCAAAUUAUACCACUAAAUGACUUGAACAACGAGUGUCAAUAUCAACUAGACGAGUACAUCCUAUUUGCAAUAGUCAGCAUUCCUGCAUUGGGUUUGAACACCUAUACGCUAAAUUUUGAAGAGGAUCCAUCCAAACAAACUGACUCAUUAUCAAUUGGAAGGGUUUUAGAUACCAAUUCAAAUGUCCCAACAUUCGAAACUGAUAGAUAUACCAUUACAUUCAAAAAAAAUGGUCAUUUAGAAACUAUUUUAGAUAAAAAAUCUGGUACCCUUAAAAAAGUAAAUCAAUAUUUUAGAGAAUACCAUACCCAAAGAGGUGGAACUUAUAUUUUCAACGCUGGUCCCAUCGAUGAGUACUUGGAAUCACCCAGCAGAAUCAUUUUUUAUGAUGGACCAUUGGUAUCGCAAUUAACAAUUAUUUACAACAAAAACUCAACCGAUGUUAUGGAUUGUAAUGAAACUUCCAUGGUUACUCAAAGAAUCUACAAGUGUCCAACUAAAGAUGCAUCGUUUUUACCCACUGAGAAUUAUUUAGAAACUGGUUAUUCAAUUAUAGGUGAAAUGAAUAAAGAAAGAACAAUUCAUUAUAAAGUAGAGUCUGUUUCCAAUAGAAAUGAUGAAUUCUUUACAGAUAAUGGUUUAGAAACAAGAAAGAGAAUCCACCAAAAAAGCUCUGUCACAUCAAACUAUUAUCCAACCCUACACUAUGUAAACAUUAAGGAUCAAGAUAAAAACCAACAAUUUACAGUUUAUGUCGAUCGUUCAGUAGGUGUAACUUCAACCGGUGGUGAUAUUGAAAUUAUGUUCCAUCGUACCAUCGAGUUUGAUGACCAAAAGGGUCUUGGAUGGGCCUCAAGAGAUUCAUCUAGAAGCGAUGGCAAAUUUUAUUUUAAUUUUGAUUCUAUUGACAACCAAAAACAAAAUGAAAAAAGAAUCUCAUUGGAAAUCAAUCACCCAGUCAUGUAUAUGGCUAAAAAGAUUUCAAAUUUACAAUCAUAUCGUUCAAAUUACAAUUCAGAAUUUUCACCACUUGCAAAAGAUUUACCAGAUAACAUUCACUUACAAUCACUAAAAACCUAUUCCAAUAAUAGAGUUGGUUUAAGAUUAUUUAAUUUCAAAGUCAAUGAUGAUUCGGAACAAUCACAACAACCAUUAAAUAUCGACUUAUUUAGUUUGUUUAAAACUCGUACUUUUAAAGAAAAAGGUUUAUCAUUUAUGGACUAUUCAAAUAAUAAUUUCAUUAAUGAUUUCAAAACCAAAAAAGAUAAUAACUUCCCAAUAAAAUCAGGGGAAUCUGAAUAUAUCUUUAAAAAAAGUAAUAAUAACAAUAACAAUAAUAACAAUAAUAUUAAAAUCAAUCCAUUGGAAAUUAAAUCUUAUUUUAUUGAUUUAAAUAAUAAUAAUAAUAAUAUUUAUAAUGACAAUAAUAUAAUUUUUAAUUCAGUGGUCGUUGAUAAAUUAGUUGAAGAUAGUCGUUAUCCAUAUGAUUUUUCAAUAUAUCCAAUUUCACUUGCAUCUUAUGAUGAUAAUGGUAAAUAUAUAAUUAUUAUUACGAAAAACAAAGGAUCAAAUUAUUUUGGUAAUAUAAGAUUACUCUUAUAUUUAUUAGAAUUAUUUUUCGUUUUAUUUAUUUUUAGUGUAUUAAUAGUUCAUUUAUUAAUUAAAAAUUUUUAUUAAAUUUUUUUUUUUCCACAUUUAUUUUUUAUAUUAUUAUUUAAUUAUAAAUAAUAUUUUAAAUAGAUUAUUAUAACUAUUAAAUAAAUAUCUUUCUUCAAAAAAAUU